CGAGGAAGGAAUAGCACAGAUGAUCCCUGUGUGUGAAAAAUAAUGGCUGCCAGUUUGUCUCUCUUGGAGGAACACCUCUCUUGUCCCGUGUGCUGUGACAUCUUCAGGAACCCUGUGGUCCUCAAAUGCAGCCACAGCUUCUGUGAGGAGUGUCUGCAGAAAUACCGGAAGGAUAUGGAGAAUCCGCUGUGCCCUGUAUGCAGGAAAGAGUGUUCAUCUGAGGAGCAGAGUUUAAGCCUGGCCUUAAAGAGUCUCUGUGAUUCCUUACAGAAGGGGAGUGAAAACAUCAGAUCUGAUAACUGCCAGCUGCAUGGAGAGAAACUUAAAAUCUUCUGUUUCAACGAUAAACAGCCCAUCUGUGUUGUCUGCUACACAUCAAAAAAACAUAAAGGUCAUGACUGUUAUCCCAUUGAGGAGGCUGUGCCUGAUUUGAAGGUGGGACCAUUUUAUAAACGUUUUGUUUACUUUGCUUUUAUUUAACUGGCAAUGUAUCUCACUCAGUGACGAAACCAAUUUCUUAAUCAGCGUUAUUUUGUGAGUUGAGUGGACUUUGAGCUGAAUUUGAAAAGGCUUGUUGCGUAAAAUUACAAAUGAAUGUUUGCCUGUGGAAGGCAAUGACAAAAGACACUUCACAAACACACUUUAAUCUUUGAAGUUGAUGUGGAGAGCACAGCACCAGAGAGCAUGGAAACCACUAUCUACUCUCUUUGGCAGCACGAUUUCCCAACAUACAGUGGGGGAAAAAAAGUAUUUAGUCAGCCACCAAUUGUGCAAGUUCUCCCACUUAAAAAGAUGAGAGAGGCCUGUAAUUUUCAUCAUAGGUACACGUCAACUAUGACAGACAAAAUGAGAAAAGAAAAUCCAGAAAAUCACAUUGUAGGAUUUUUUAUGAAUUUAUUUGCAAAUUAUGGUGGAAAAUAAGUAUUUGGUCAAUAACAAAAGUUUCUCAAUACUUUGUUAUAUACCCUUUGUUGGCAAUGACACAGGUAAAACGUUUUCUGUAAGUCUUCACAAGGUUUUCACACACUGUUGCUGGUAUUUUGGCCCAUUCCUCCAUGCAGAUCUCCUCUAGAGCAGUGAUGUUUUGGGGCUGUCGCUGGACAACACGGACUUUCAACUCCCUCCAAAUAUGUUCUAUGGGGUUGAGAUCUGGAGACUGGCUAGGCCACUCCAGGACCUUGAAAUGCUUCUUACGAAGCCACUCCUUCAUUGCCCGGGCGGUGUGUUUGGGAUCAUUGUCAUGCUGAAAGACCCAGCCACGUUUCAUCUUCAAUGCCCUUGCUGAUGGAAGGAGGUUUUCACUCAAAAUCUCACGAUACAUGGCCCCAUUCAUUAUUUCCUUUACACGGAUCAGUCGUCCUGGUCCCUUUGCAGAAAAACAGCCCCAAAGCAUGAUGUUUCCACCCCCAUGCUUCACAGUAGGUAUGGUGUUCUUUGGAUGCAACUCAGCAUUCUUUGUCCUCCAAACACGACGAGUUGAGUUUUUACCAAAAAGUUAUAUUUUGGUUUCAUCUGAACAUAUGACAUUCUCCCAAUCCUCUUCUGGAUCAUCCAAAUGCACUCUAGCAAACUGCAGACGGGCCUGGACAUGUACUGGCUUAAGCAGGGGGACACGUCUGGCACUGCAGGAUUUGAGUCCCUGGCGGCGUAGUGUGUUACUGAUGGUAGGCUUUGUUACUUUGGUCCCAGCUCUCUGCAGGUCAUUACUAGGUCCCCCCGUGUGGUUCUGGGAUUUUUGCUCACCGUUCUUGUGAUCAUUUUGACCCCACGGGGUGAGAUCUUGCGUGGAGCCCCAGAUCGAGGGAGAUUAUCAGUGGUCUUGUAUGUCUUCCAUUUCCUAAUAAUUGCUCCCACAGUUGGUUUUUUCAAACCAAGCUGCUUACCUAUUGCAGAUUCAGUCUUCCCAGCCUGGUGCAGGUCUACAAUUUUGUUUCUGGUGUCCUUUGACAGCUCUUUGGUCUUGGCCAUAGUGGAGUUUGGAGUGUGACUGUUUGAGGUUGUGGACAGGUGUCUUUUAUACUGAUAACAAGUUCAAACAGGUGCCAUUAAUACAGGUAACGAGUGGAGGACAGAGGAGCCUCUUAAAGAAGAAGUUACAGGUCUGUGAGAGCCAGAAAUCUUGCUUGUUUGUAGGUGAGCAAAUACUUAUUUUCCACCAUAAUUUGCAAAUAAAUUCAUAAAAAAUCCUACAAUGUGAUUUUCUGGAUAUUUUUUCUCAAUUUGUCUGUCAUAGUUGACGUGUACCUAUGAUGAAAAUUACAGGCCUCUCUCAUCUUUUUAAGUGGGAGAACUUGCACAAUUGGUGGCUGACUAAAUACUUUUUUUCCCCACUGUACCAUCCGUUGGUCUUGUCCUGGACCCGUAUUCAUAAAGCGUCUCAGAGUAGGUGCCUGGCUCCCAAGUGGGUGGUCCUAUGCCCUCCCAGGCCCACCCAUGGCUGUGCCCCUGCCCAGUCAUGUGAAAUCCAUAGAUUAGGGCCUAAUGAAUUUAUUUCAAUUGACUGAUUUCCUUAUAUGAACUGUAACUCAGUAAAAUCAUUGAAAUUGUUGCAUGUUGCGUUUAUAUUUUGUUCAGUUUAAAUUAUACACUGGAUAGGUGCAGUGAAAUAAUAGUACGGCGCCCCUGGAGCAAAUUAGGGUUAAGUGCCUUGCUCAAGGUCACAGACAGAUUAUUUUCACCUCGUCGGCUCGGGUAUUCGAACAAGCGACCUUUCAGUUACUGGCCCAAGGGGUAACAUCCUGGCUCUAUGCACAUAUACUGUUCCCCGUGGGCAGUGGUGUAAAGUACUUAAGUAAAAAUACUUUAAAGUACUACUUAAGUCGUUUUUUGGGAUAUCUGUACUUUAUAUAUUUCUGACUACUUUUACUUCACUACAUUCCUAAAGAAAAUAAUGUACUUUUUACUCCAUACAUUUUCCCUGACACCCAAAAGUACUCGUUACAUUUUAAAUGCAAAAAAAUGGUCCAAUUCACACACAAGAGAACAUCGCUAGUCAUCCCUAAUGCCUCUGAUCUGGCGGACUCACUCAACACAAAUGCUUUGUUUGUAAAUUAUGUCUGAGUGUUGGAGUGUGCCCCUGGCUAUCCAUGCAUUUUUUUUAAACAAGAAAAUUGUGCCAUCUGGUUUGCUUAAUAUAAGAAAUUUUUAAUUAUUUGUCCUUUUACUUUUAUUUGUGAUACUUACGUAUAUUUUAGCAAUUACAUUUACUUUUCAUACUUAAGUAUAUUUAAAACCAAAUACUUUUAGACUUUUACUCAAGUACUAUUUUACUGGGUGACUUUCACUUUUACUUGAAUCAUUUUCUAUUAAGGUAUCUUUACUUUUACUGAAGUAUGACAAUUGGGUACUUUUUCUACCACUGCCCGUGGAGUUCAAUCCCUGACACCACCUUUCCAAAUAUUUAUCCCACUAUCCCUUAUUCUGCAUCUGUCUGAAUAAAGUACAAGGGGAGAGCCCAGCAGGAGCUUCAGAUCAUUCAACACAAAAUAAUCAAGGUAACCAACCAGCUGCAAUACGAUUUCUAGUUACAUUUGGGCAUGUUGAAUUGUAUUUUCACUCAUCCUAAAAUUCAAAGUUGAGUGAACAUACAAUUCAAUGUGUGAAUGUUGGUUGAGCUAAUAUGGCCAAAUGUUGAGCAAACUAAAAAUCAUAUUGCAGCUGAUUGCCUUGAUUUUUUAAAGCUGAAUCAACACAUUUUUUACAGUGUGACAGUUCUGUAACUAAAACAGAUGUUUGAUAAUUAUCACUUGUAAUCUAGAGUGAAAUCCAGGAUGUGGUUUCCACUUUGAAGAACAAACUAGAAAACAAGAACACAGCCAAGAUGGGUCAUCAAAGCUGGGUGGAGCACAUAAAGGUAACUAUCAUAAUACAAUUUAAGCAACAUAAUAAUUGGAGUGAGCAUUUGAGCAACGUUGAAAGGUGAGUUGAAUAUUUUCUUUUGUAGGGCCAGGCCCAAUGUGCAGAGGAGCAGAUAAGGAGGGAGUUUAAGAAACUCCACCAGUUCCUAGAAGAGGAAGAGACAGCCAGAAUAGCUACCCUUGAGAGAGGAAGAACAGCAGAAAUCUGAUGUGAUGCGAGAAAGAGCUGAGGCAUUGACCAGAGAUAUCACAACCCUUUCAGAGACGAUUGUAGUUAUCGAUAAGGAAAUGGAAGUUGACAAUAUCACAUUCCUGCAGGUAAGGGGUCUGUCAAAAUGUUAUAAAUCCCAAUGUUGUGAAACUGUUUCUCAAUGUCGCCUGAUAUCAAAAGUGAAGUUUGUCCUCGUUCUUUUUUAUAGAACUACAAGGCCAUACUUAACAGGUAAUUCCCAUUAAAAUAGUGUCUAAAUAUUUAUAAUUUUUUCCAUUCCACUGACGCCAUCCAUUUUUUACCAUAGAGCCGAUUGCACAUCCCCAGAUACUGAAGAUACUGAGAUAGUAUCAGGAGCACUGAUUGACAUGGCCAAACAUGUGGGAUCUCUCAAGUUCAAAGUCUGGGAGAAAAUGCUUGAGUUUGUUGACUACAGUGAGUGCAUUUUCCCCCCAAAAUGGGUUUCUCUACUGUAUGUCUCCUACCAAUAUAGUUCAAUAUUAAUAUACAUUUCUGCACAUAUCCCUAUAGCUCCUGUGACCAUGGAUCCGAACACAAUGUCCACUAAGUUCGCACUCACUGAUGACCUCACCACUAUGACAUACUGUGAUGAGAGGCAGAGUCUCCCAGACAAUCCCGAAAGGUUUCAUAAUGUAGGAGUGUUGGGUUCUGAAGGGUACAGUAAAGGCAUCCAUUACUGGGACGUGGAGGUUGGAGAUAAUGAUAACUGGAUCUUAGGAGUAGCCAAAGAGUCCAUUCCACGCAAGACACAAGUCAAAAUGGAGCCUCAGAGUGGAUUAUGGAUCAUCAAAUACAUCAGUGGAAAACACAAAGCAGGUAUAAAAUCGCACGUCCAGAUCAAGGUAGAUGAGAGCCCACGAGUGAUCCGCGUACGACUGGACUGUGACAAAGGGGAGGUGAUAUUCUGCGACCUCAACAAGAACACUACUCUGUACACCUUCAAAGACAAAUUCACGGAAAAGGUGUUCCCAUACUUUAAUAGUGGAAGUAAGAUUUGCCCACUGCGCCUUUUUAUAGAAGGGAAAGGCGAAAACUAGCUAAAUUGCCAGGGUCAAGUGAGGACAACCUUUACAAACAUAUGUCAUUACUUUAUGUACUGACAUUAGCUGGAGGGUUGUGAAAACUGUUUAUGACUCAAACUCCAUGUAAUUAACAGUAAGACUUGCCUUUGAUAAUAAGACACACUGCUAUCUCAGAAGUAAUUAACAAGUGUUUUAAGCAGUUGAUACAGUAUAUAAAAAAUGUAAUGUCAGU